AUUCCCCUUACGUUUCCUGUUUUCUGCAACAGAAGAAAUUGGUCCUGAUAAUCUCUUUUUCCUGACGAAGAAGAUAUGUCUUUGAAUUUUCUUGUGAAUUGCCCGCUUUCGUUACCAUCAUCAUCUUCUUCUCCGCCUUCUCCAUUUCCUUGGAAUCGGAAGCCCCCAUCAUCAUUUCUAUCGUUUGCAAGGCCAAGGGUCAAUUUUCCGGGUGGAUUUCGUGUUGGAGCAUUUCUGUUUGACCCGACCCGGGACCCCAUACUCAAAGAUGCCUUAAAGGAGCCUAUUGCCUUUAUGGGAGGGAUGUUUGCAGGCCUUUUAAGGCUCGAUUUAAAUGAAGAUCCUCUAAGGGAAUGGGUUGCUAGGACGGCUGACGCUGCUGGGAUAACAGAGGAAGAAACUGGAAAUGGUGAUAUCCAGUCCGAAGAGUCCCCCCAGCAAAUACAGAUUGAAUGAUUUGUACUUUAUUAGUAUGCAUACUACACCGGGCAUUUCCAUUCUAAAAGAUGAUGGCGUUGUUGGUUGAUGUUGGUGAACCCUAGAAAAGUUAUAUUUACAGAACAGAGGCCCCGAAAAUUCAUGUAUUUUGCUGCUAUGUGCUAUUUCUAUUUGCUGGUGAGAUUCAAGAAAGUUUUCUAUGUAAAAGAUGCCAUCAAUGAAAAAUUUUCUUUUUUCUCUGUGGA